UUCCGAAGACUUGAAAAGAAAAGAUUCUCGUUGAUCUUCCUAUGCUAUAAAAGGAGAGAAUAUAGCAGUCCACCCCACUACCAUAUCCUUUUCCAAUUUCACUGGGAUUUCUCUCUCGUAUUCUCUGUCGUUUCUCCUCUUGUGAGUCCUCUUUUAAUCUGUCUCGCCAUGUCUGCGGAAUCUACAACUGCAGUGCAAAGAGCACAAGUUGAUCUAUUGGACUUCGUAGAUUGGAGUAGUGUCGAAUGUCUCAACUACAACUCUAGUCAUUCGCUCGUCAACGCCCUGAAACAGGGUUACAGAGAAGACGAGGGUCUGUAUCUGGAGAGUGAUGCGGAUGAACAGCUCUUGAUUUACAUUCCUUUCACCCAGGUCAUUAAGCUGCAUUCUAUCGUUGUCAAGGGUUCGGAAGAGGAAGGUCCCAAGAAUGUGAAGCUCUUUGCAAACAAGGAACAUAUGGGUUUUAGUAAUGUCUCUGAUUUCCCACCUAGUGACACUGCUGUGCUGACCCCAGAAAAUCUUGAGGGCAAGCCAGUUAUCUUAAAGUAUGUCAAGUUUCAGAGUGUUCGUAGCUUGACAAUUUUUAUUGAAGACAACCAGUCUGGUGCUGACAUCACCAAAGUUCAAAAAAUUGUUCUCUAUGGAACAACGGUGGAAACAACGGACAUGAAAGGGUUGAAGAAGAUCGAAGAACAUGGGCAUUGAAAGAAUAAUGGA